GUUUGAUGUUCAUCGCGUAUUCAAUUCACAUAUCGCAGUGAUGGCGGCGUAGCAAAUAAGUGCAGAGUGUAACAAAUAGAUAUUUCUCAGCUUAACUGUGCGUGUAGCAGAUCCGAAAGUUUGAAGCUACCAAACGAGCUUCAGUUUGGCAUAUACAAUAAUCAAAUUUGUUGAACUAGCAAAUCGGAACUGGGCAAAGCAAUUUUGAAUGCCCGAUUGAGCAAAGCUAGAAAAUUUUCCUGGUCAGCCGCAGCCUUUCCUUCAGUCUCCUUCACAGUACUCGACAUCUCCGCAUUCACACAGUGCGAGGAGAAAAGAAGAGGAACUGCUGCAAUUUAUGUUAUACCAUUUUUCUGCUUCCUUAUUUCUGCCAAUUUCAUUAAUAAAAGUAAAGCAGAAAAGUUCCGAGGGGAUACUAAUCCCCCGAAACACUAAAAUUCAGGUUUUCUGUAUACAUUUCAGUCCCGAAUUUCGAUACGGGGACUAGAAAACCGAACUAGGCUGAAAAGAAACGGGAACUUUCACAGUGUGCAUUAAAUGGUAAUGCAUGCCAGGAAACCGCAGCGUUUACUGAAUGAUGGAUACCACCAGUCCCAUCAGUAUCAGAACUCAAAAUACACUUCAUCCAAAAGGGAUUAUGAGCGAGAGGCUAGCCGAUCGGGCGGCUAUGGACGCGAUCGGGACAAUUCUCCGGCAGGAAGUUCGAUGAACAAUGGAAACUACAAAUCUAUUUCCCCGGAUCUUGACUCGCCGAGAGACCGAGAUCGUGAGCGCGAUCGGGACCGCGACCGUGAGAGGGAUAGGGACCGAGGAGGAGGCGACCGGUAUCAGUACGGAAUGAGCAAAAUACGUGACAAGGAUCGUGACCGAGAUUAUAAAAAGGAUAAAUAUUCGGAUUCGCUACGAUCGCCGAAGGACAAGCGUAGUCGCAGUGAUCGAGACACGGAUCAUCGUUCUAAUCAUGAUCGGCGGUUGAAGCUGUCCGUGUCAGAGAAGCGUGGCGGAUCUAGUUCUAACUCCGACGACCGAGAACGGGAUCGUGAACGAGAACGAAGUGAACGGGAACGCGAGCGGGAACGUGAUCGCGACCGUUUACGGGAUCGUGAUCGCGAUCGUGGAGGUAUUGGAAGCGGCGGAGGAGGUGGUGGUGGUAGUGGAGUAGGAGGUAGCGGUGGAAGUGGUGGAGUAGGUGUGAGCAGUGGUGGAGGGGGUAGUGGUGGAGUAGGCAGCGACCGAGUUAACCGCGUCGGUGAUUGGAGUGAACAUGUAAGCUCGUCUGGAAAAAAGUAUUACUACAACUGCAAGACCGAGGUGUCCCAGUGGGAAAAACCGAGAGAAUGGAUCGAGAAAGAAAGCAGAAUGAUGUCCAAGGAUCAGCAUCGUGAGUAUCGAGAUAAGGACCGAGAGAGGGAUCGAGAGCGUAAUGAACGCGAUCGGGACGACCGAUACUCAUCAUCUGUUAGCAGUCGUUCAACGGCGUAUGGCAAGCAUUCCAGCAGUAAAGUAAUGAUGUCGAGGGUGCGAUGGUCAGGAGCCGAAUCACAUCGAAGAAGACAUGAAGAUAAUCAAGAUAUGGACAUUAGUCCGGGUGAUUCAACACCGACAUCGGAAGCCAACUAUUCGCACUCGAGUACCCCAACUAAUCAACAGGCCCACGCUGUGAACAACGCCGGAGCAACCAGCGGUGAUGGCAGCGUCGGAGCCGGACUGAUGGCGAAUCAAUUGCCACGAUUGCUGUCGAAUCCAAUGGCGACACAAAGCGGUAUUGCCAUACCGGUUCACACGCAGCAUCAAUCACAAUCACAAGCCUCGUCCGCCUAUACCACGUCGGUUUCCACCUCAUCCCCUUCCGUACUGCAACAGCAACAGCAGCAGCAGCACAUGCUCGGCACUGGUAGCGACAUGAUGCUUAGCUCGAAUACUCCCGGUCCACCAGGGCCCCAAAUUCAACACUUGCAAUCGUCACAGCAACAACAUGGGCAAUCUCCACAUACGUCCACAGCUCCUGGCUCUGGCUCGAACGUUUCGUCGUCAUUGGCCGGCCUGCCGAAAAUUCUGUCGCAAAUUACUGGUAACAAGACGAUAGAACACAAUGAACUCAAUCCACAGAAAGCUCUACAGACUAUCAACAACGCCCUAAUGAUGCAAUCCAGACAGCAGAACCCGAAUGGUACUGCAGUCGGAUCGGCACUAGAUGGCAAUAUAGGUCCUAACAGCUUGAGAGAACACGCACUGAACUCACCGUUGUACAACGUUUCUAAUUUGUCUCACCCUACGACUCCAAUGUCCGGUGGCAGCGGGCUGCUGAAUCAUAGUAAUCAUCAGUCCAACAAUCUGAAUUCGUCAAAUUCAGCGGCAAAUUUAAGCGGCGGAAGCAACAGCAGUCAGCUACUGAGUGGUGACGGUCCACCGACGCCAACACAAGAAAUGGACCUUGCCCUGCCGGAUCAUCGAAAGAUGGAAGGUACAAGCACGACCACGACAAGUGCCGUCAGCAGCCUGCAGGGCGUAAUGACAUCGUCUCAGUGCGGUCGAUCUCAGGGACCGAAUCUGACGCCUAGUUUAGCUAAGUACUUCCGGGCCGAUCUGAUAUCCCACGUCACGGGAUGGCCGUCAGAAAUACUGGAAAAAACGAUUCAGAAGCUGUCAGAGGAAGCCCAUAUUCUAGGUGAUCUACAAUGCAGUAAAGUAUCGGCAGAUUUAAAAUGUGCUAGGAGUUUAGUUAGAAUAACGGAAAUCACUGCGACACUGCAAGAACAGAAAAUUAUGUAUCUACGACAACAAAUUCGUAGAUUAGAGGAGCUGAAAUCGCAGAACUCUUUCAUGUCGUCUGAUGAUCUAUAGCGCUAUUAAAUAAAAAGUUAAAUUUAUAAAAAAAAUAAAAUCCUCACAAAAAAAACAUUCAUCCUUUCUUUUCAAAGGACGAUCGCGACUAAAUAACACUACCUAAUUGGGAUGCAUGCCCUACACAUACUGCUCUACAUUAUGGAAAAUUUGACAAGAAGUAAAAAAAACGCAAAAUUAACACACAACAAUGUAUAAAGCUAGCGGGAAUUCAUGAAAAUAAUUCUGUUUUAAAUUUCGUGUCGACAUGUGCAAGAAUCAAACUGAAUAAUAUAUCCUAAUGAUAAAAUACACAAUUUCACAAAACAGUAUGGUAGCAAAACCGUCAUCGUGCGUAAUAUAAAACAGAAAUCGUAUGAAUCACCAGCAGCAUGAUUUUUAAACUGUUACUAUUAUUACAUAUAUUUAUGCAAAAAUAAAGUUUUUUUUUCGAUCAUCAAAUAGAAGUUAUCGAUCAAUGUUUGUUUUUCCGUUUUGUAAAAACAAAAAAAUCAUGCAAAACAUUGAUAGUUCAAUUUUACAUCUUUACGCUGCUGCAUAGUAGAAGAAAACUGCUAUGACAGCAACCUGCAGGGCCCACAAUUGAGGCAAGCCGCUCUUCCGCGAAUUGUUUUGAAAAAAAAAAAACGCGAGCCCAUGCUACACAUAAGUUGGAAACUGAUUACAUUAAUAGAACUUUCUAGAGAAAACAAAUAAAAACAAAAAAAACGCUAAAAAGUAGUCUAAUCUUCAUGUAUAUUUCAUUACAUUAUAAGUUAUCACUAAGACAACGUAUGAAGAAAAAAUCAAAUGCAAACUAUGAAGAAGUUUCCAACCGGAGAAACUGGUUUGAUCCGUCUUUACGAAAAAUACUGGCCCCAAAUCUUCUCAUGUCUCGGAAGUAACUAACCUGCAAACGCAAAAUUUAAACAAAAAAGGCAUCGGCAAAAAUAAAAUAGACAUUAACGAAACAGCAAAGCAGAAACUAAAAUAACAGAAUAACAAUAGUCUCUCAAUACAGUAAAGAUACUACGCUACUAAAAACCACAACAAAGCGGAAAACAAACAAAAAAGGAAACCGAUCGUAUGGAUCAUCUCUUUGAUGAAUACCAAAAUUAUCGUACAGCUAACACAACAGCAACAAGAGCGGAAAAUAAGUCAUAGGGAAGAAUAGUGAACUUUAGUAAUAUGAAAUAAUACAACAAAAUAUAUUUAAAUCGAAAAAGUA